AAAUCACAAUUCACAGCACAGGCCUGAGGAGUGAGGCGGGAGGCCACAGCAAUCAGCAUUACGAUUUAUGUUCUAAAGGCCGAGCUUCAAGCUUGAUGCAUGACGGCUUUGACAUAUUUUGUUCCGUCCUAAUAAUUUUUGUUUAUGAGCACAAACUACAAAAUAGAUUCAAAUAAUAUACGAGUUUUACAAUUAUAAGUUAUGGCGACCUAUGAUAACAAAGCUUGGCUUCUAAAAAAUAUAAGAGAUGCAUUCAUUGCAACAGACGAUACCGGUUUGUGCGAAAUUGUAAUGGCUGGUGAAGACUUUUCAAAAAUAUUCCAAACCAAAGCAAUUGAAGAGAAAAAGCGUAUGAAAAACAGAGUAGUAAAUAGGCCGAGCACAAGUAUGGGUAGAGAGAGUUUCGCUGAGGAUGAUGAGAGAGAUAUCGCGACACUGUUUGAUCCAUACCCUGAUAUGGAAGACAGCGAUGAGGAUCCCAUGUAUGGCAGUUGGUUCCGUCAUGAAGAGUUUGGAGGACACAGACAAAGAUCAAACACAGCGCAAUGGCUAGACAAAAAAGAAUUAGCUUUAAAAAAGGCAGCGAAAAUAAAAGUGGUAAAAUGGGAAGAACCAUAUCCUCAAUUAACUGAAGACCAAAAAGCUGAAGCAUUCAAAAAAGUUGAAGUUAAAAGGCCACAAAAACAGAAGUCUUUACUUACAGAGCAAUUAGAGAAGUGUCCUGAUUUGCCACAUCGUCAAUAUUUGGAGUAUGCAAAGUUUGAUGGCACAGCACAACUUGGGUUGCCUACUAAAGUAUUUAAAAUUUUCAUGACAACUGUCCCAGAAAAACAUCAAAAUUAUCCAGUCAUUGUUUGUGUUAUUGCCAGUGCCAAGAUCAAAGAUUUGAUAGGCUUCACUUGCUAUAAGUACAGUAUAGAACAUCCUGAUAUUACACUUGGCUCAGUACAUGAUUAUGGACUUUGUAUAGCAGAGGACGAUGGUGAAGUUGACUGGGCAUUCCCCUGCUUAGACAACAAUGAACCGUGUUCAAAGUUUGGCUUUACCUGUCUUGGGCUCAUAGAUACAAAACAAAAGGAGAAAAUUAUUCAAGUGACUACACCAAUUCCAGAUAUUGAUAUGGGCCACAGUGUGUUUUGUUUCCCAAAAGCCCCUGAUUCUGGACAGAGUAAUAUAAACUCCACCAAGCAGCACACGGGCGGCAGUGACACAUCAGAAAUUAUGAAAGCCAUGCAUUCUGUUACUGAAGGUAAGGGUUUAGGCUUCCAAUCGGGUCCACCCUUGACGGACGCACCACAAGAUAAGCUGUACAGGGUACAGUUAUUGCACAAAGUGCGGGCCAGCACUCCAGUCCAACUCUGUAUAACACUGGAUCAGAUUGAAGUUGUCCCACUAGUAACACAAAAACAUGCAUUUUGGUCGAGGCCAAAAUACUUUCUGCACAGCAUGAACUCAGUGGCAUGGUGUCAAAUACUAGAAGCAAAGAGCAAUAAGACAUCAUUCCGGAUUGUCUACUCACCUAGUCAUGAUACUGCCUUCAACGACUCAUACACAGCAGGUAACUCCAGUGCUUUCCAAGCCACAGCAAUUUAUAAGAAACACGAAUUUGAGUGCGAUCACGACACGGCACGAAGAAUCGUCGAUAAAGUAAACACCAUAUUAGAUCUCAGAAAUAGUCCGUGUCGACGAGAAUAUAAAAACACCAAAGAGAAGAAACUUCAUACAAGAAGAAGUUUCCACACAAAACAAUUAAAAAGUUGAAUAUAGCACAUAUUCUGCCUAUUUCAAAGUUCCUUUAUACAAGUGUUGACUGAAUUUAUUAUUAAAUUAAUUCGGAAUAUAAACGAAAGUCGAAACAGACCCAAAGUAAAAAAAAUACAGAUGGAAAUGUAUUAAAUAGCUAUUACUUUAAAUUUCAAACUCAUUUUCCUGCAGUAGUCUAACUUUCAUUGUUUGCAGGUUUUUUAUAUUUGU